GGAUUUAGAGUCUUAGCAGCAUGGCAGGGCGCGUGGCGAAGAAGGUGGCGAUCGUGACCGGCGCCGGCGGUGGCAUCGGCCGGAAGAGCGCGCUGCUCUUUGCCAAGGAAGGCGCGAAAGGCGUCGUGUGCGCGGACCUCAACCUCGAAGCCGCGCAGGAAACAGCCGACAUGAUUGCCAAGCUCGUGGGCAAGCCCAACGUCGCGACCGCGAUCCGCGUCGACGUCUCCAAGAGCGACGAGUGCAAGGCCAUGGUGGAUGCUGCCGAAAAGACGUAUGGCCACCUCCACGUGCUCUUCAACAACGCCGGCAUCAUGCACGGCGACGACGACGAUGCGAUCGCGACCUCGGAAAAGGUUUGGGACCUCACCAUGGACAUCAACGUGAAAGGCGUCUUCUUUGGCUGCAAGCAUGCGAUCCCGGCGCUUCGCCGGGCGGGCGGCGGCUCGAUCAUCAACACAGCAUCGUUCGUCGGGUGCAUUGGCGCAGCGACGCCGCAGCUGGCCUACACGGCGAGCAAGGGCGCGGUGAUUGCCAUCAGCCGCGAGCUCGCCGUCAUCCACGCCCGCGAGAACAUUCGCGUGAACGCGUUGUGCCCGGGCCCGCUCAACACGCCGUUGCUGCAGAAGUUCCUCGACUCGGAGGCCAAGAAGCAGCGCCGCCUCGUGCACGUGCCGAUGGGGCGCUUUGGCGAGGCGGCCGAGAUGGCCAAAGCCGCGCUCUUCCUCGCCAGCGACGAUGCGUCCUACAUCACUGGCACCAAGUUCAUGGUCGACGGCGGUAUCACGGCCGCUUACGUCACGAGCGAGACCGAAGUCGACCCGUUCGGCGGCCCCAGCGAGAUCUAGUUAACGAGCAUCCUAAUCGAGUGCAU